AGCGAUUUAUCCGCUGGAUAGCGUUACUCACCUCCCUUCGAACAACUGGGUCCAUUUUUUUAGUCAACUAAAUCUACAAAGCGUUUGAAAAAAAAAUCGCAAACUCCCAAACUCCCAAACAAAUUGUUCACUUCCCCCGCCUUUCUACGUGUUCUUACUGCCAACAGACAAAGAAAGCUCCCUCCCUCCCAUCCCCUGCUGUUCUUCUCAUAAGAAGACGUACAUGUACAACGUAGCAAGCGCAAGAUGUACAAAUUGGAAGUCGGUAAACGACAAGCGGUAGCUUUCCUAACUACUUUUAAACGAUCUUUUUAAACUUAUGAUUUGCUUUUUUUGGCGAAGGGGGGUGGGAGAGGAAAUAAAUCGCGGUGGAACUGCAUAAGACCAGCCCACGCAGCGCUGAAAAAAAAAAUUCAGUUCAGCGCAGAUAGUUCGAGAAAUGAUUACACCAUGGCAAGUUGAAGGUGUAUUGUACUCCACUUAUAAAUUAAAAUGUCGAAAUGCGUAUUUUAUGCUAUAUUCUAAUUAUAAGCAUACUCAAAAUGCGAAUGACUGUGCAUACCACAAAAUACGUGGGUGAAUGGGACGUUUGGUCACACCAAAAUCACAUGAUAGCGCUUUAAAAGAUAAAAAAGCUUUGCUAAGCCCAGGAAAAAACUAUCGGCUCAUUCCGGUUUUUCCGUGCAAGUUUUGGCAGGUAUAUAUGGAAGUUUUCCUUUCAGGGGAAGGGAAAAGAACAGAAAGGCCAUAUUUUCCAGAGUUGUUUUGACAAACGAUUCGUGUUUUAGAGAUCUAUUUUCACAUGCUUGUUAUCUCAUCUUUGAGAGUUCAAGUAUUUGUUUGUACAGAGUGUCUUGCGAGGAGAAAGUCCCCCACCGUUUCAUCUGACGUCGUUACGAUCGUGGUUGAUCGAUCUGCGGUUCGGCCCCAAUAAAUGACUCGUACGCUUCUAAAAGAAGUUUCAAGGCAUAGCAGAUAGGGGUCCAAAGCUUUAUGUUCGACUGGUCAAACUAGAAUAUUCCUGAUCAAAAAUAGUAAUUUGUCUAAAUUCAAAGUUGCAUCAUUCAAUAUUUAUCAAUUGCCGUCAUGCUCAUUUAAGCAUGAUGAAAUGUGGGAAGCCAGUUUUAAAUUUUGUAUUUGACCUCAUAAAGUUGGAAGCCCAACGCCUUGCUCGAGUUGAGAACUCCAGCUUUUCAAUCUACACCGGUUUCGCCCUCUGAAACUUGACCUGCGGAUAAAACCCUAACGACCAUUUGGAUUUUCGCAGAUCAUGUGACUGAUUCGAGUGAGCACCUCAGUAACUAACGUUCUUUUCGUGCCCUAAAAAGUGUUAGAGCGUGAGGCCAUUUGCAUAAGUGAAAAACAUGUUCAUGAUUAGCAAACACAAAAAGCUUCAAACCACAAGAGGUUUUUUCUGUAAGUUCUAAAAUUACUAAGCCAAAGGUCGUUACGUAACAUGUUCGUUUCACGUGCCGGAAAUGGACAACUCGAUAUCGUGCGAUCGAUUGAGUUUAUUCUGAUAACAUUCAUAGCUGCGCAGCAAUAACAGAGAAAGCUUUUCUGACGAUUCACGGCUCAGGCCGCUCUAAAAAAAAAAAAACAAUUAGCAUUGAAAAAAAGACAACUGCUGUUGUUAAGGUUAAACUGUAGUCCCGUCAAGUAAAUCUCUGUUGAGGUCACAUGAGCUGUUGUCACGGCGUGACAGCUGAUAUUAGAUCGUGCUUUGUUCAAGCAAGGAGAAUUCACUCCUGAUCAACAGUGGAGUUCUGUUGUUUUUUUUUUUUUUGUGGUAAACAUGUGGCAUUGGCCAAUCAGCGCCAGGAAAUGUCAGCUUGAUACACAUACGUCACUUCCCUAAAUGAAGAACUCAUCUCUGCACAGCAGAGCCGCUCACCACAGACCCAGCCACUCGAUUCCAUCCUCGGGUCAAGGUAACGUCUUAAUAAGUUCAAGGCCUGUAAAAAAUCGAUCGACCGGUGCUCUGAACCCGAUCAGUAUAAAGACACGUCCUAGCCAAUCGGAGAUCUACGAAAUAAGAGUGCUUAGGGGACAAAAAAGAAUCUUGGCAGAAAUGGUUUGCUGCAAGAAGAAACCAAUGGAGGACAAACCAGAAAUAAUUGUACCGUUUCCUGACGGUGGCUGGGGAUGGCUCGUUUGCAUGGCCACGUUCACGACGCAAUUUAUCGUUCUCGGCACUAUGAACAACUUUGGGAUCGUGUAUGUGGAGCUGCUGAACGAGUUCAACACUGGAAAAGCUGAUGCAGCAUGGGUUGGUUCGAUAACAUAUGGAAUGAUGUUCUUACUUGGACCUAUUGCGACCACACUGUGCCAAAAAUUGGGCUGUCGGGCUACAACAAUGAUUGGCUGUAUAGUUGCUGCCGGUGGCUGUCUUCUAGGUUCAAUAUCACCAAACAUAGCGCUAAUGAACUUAACAUAUGGGUUCCUUUUUGGUGUAGGAGCAAGCAUGUGUUAUUUCCCAUCUGUAAUAAUCCUUGGGCAGUACUUCUCAGAGCGUCUGUCCUUAGCUAAUGGGAUCACAUCCUCAGGGAGUGGUGUGGGCACACUUUGCAUGGGUCCUAUAAUGCAGAAAUUAAUACAGCAGUUUGGCAUGCGAAACACAAUGAGAAUCUCUGCUGGAAUGCUUUCUUCGGUGGUGUUCUGUGCUCUUAUUUACAGGCCCAUAAACACUGGUUUUCUAAAACCACCAUCUAAGCCCACUACAGCACAAAAGCAGUCACGAUUUGCCAUUCUAAAAAGUUUUGGUGAACUUUUCAAGAACAAGGCAUACAUUUUGUGGUGUGCAGCACUAGCACUGUGGAUGUUUGGUUACUUUGUGCCAUUUGUCCACUUGGUGCGUCUUGCCACAGAGGAAGGUAUCGACCCAUUCAGAGCAACUCUGCUCAUCGGCAUCAUGUCGGUUGGAUCCACCCUAGGACGUCUCAUUUUUGGCAAGAUGGCUGACCAUCCAAGAGUGAACAGACUGUACCUUUAUCAGAUUUCGUUUCUCAUGAUUGGGAUUAGCAACACUCUCUGUCCAGUAUUUACCUCUUACCCUGGGCUAGUGAUCUACUCAACUGUGUUUGGCUUCUUUGAGGGGUGCUAUGUUCUUCUGGCUCCUGUCCUAACAGGCGACAUUGUUGGAAGAGAUAAGAUGGCUCACGGUGUGGGUGUGCUGUUUGCCCUCAAGUCUGUGCCUCUUACUCUGGGUCCUCCGAUUGCUGGCUUUAUCUAUGAUGCAUCCAACUCGUAUCAAGUUGCCUUCUACAUUGCUGGUGCAGUGCCAACUGCCGCAGCCUGUAUGAUGUUUGGCAUUCCAUUUCUCAUGCCAGACAGAGAAGAAGAUAACAAAUGCAAGGUUGUUCUGAUGGAGGAGAGUGGUUUCAAUGAAAAGCCAACCUACUUUGAUGAAAAAUCACCCUACUUUGACGAGAAGAGAGCCAUCAUGGAGAAAAAGCAACAAAUGCUAAGAGAAAACAACCAACCCAUAAUACCUGAAGUCAUCAUAGAAGAACCAGAAACAGACGAUUGUCGACCAGUAUCAUUCUAUAGCAUAGGAAGCAAUAAUGGCCUUUCAUCGCUCAGUGUCCACAACAAACGCAACACCAUUGGACUUAGUACAAAUAGCAUAUCAUCAGUGCGAGAGACCUGCCUCGUGUCAGUUGACACUAUCAAUGUUAGAAGAAGCAGGGUUCUGCAGCUAAAAGGGGAGUUAAGUAGUUCAGUGUUUUCACUUGUCAGACGUUAUAUGGACAUGCCAAAGGAGAUUGCAGCAAGUGAUUGUGGAAGCAUAGCAUGUAUUCCACAACACCUUGCCAACACUCCACAGGAGCCUCCACCUGUCCCAAAAGAAAGAGUGGUCAUUGUAGGAAAAGAGACUGUUGUGUAGGUCACAAACAUUGUCUCGAUCAGUCUAUUCUACCAUGGAGUGCUCUUCACACAAGGUAGAAAGUCUUGAACAGCACCUCAAAUUAGUGCUACAAUAUCAAAAACAGUUAUUGAGAGUAACUUCAAAUUACAACUUCAGCACAAUGUAUUGUGCAAAAAAGAGGAAAUCAAUGCUUUGAUUUUAAGAAAACAUUCACUGGAUAGAAAAAUAAACAGUUUAUUAAUCACAAGGUAAAUAAUAUAAAAUACUUUUCUUUUUUUUUUUUUUCGGGUCAUCAGGCAUCCCUUUUUUAGCACUAACACAACAGUGCUUUAAAUCAAAACAGCAAAUCACAAAUUUGGUGAUAUUUGAAAUAAGUUUAUCCAAUGCAUAAAACAGAGAUUACAUCAGUGUAGUUCCAAAAUCAAACAAUCAGUUUUCAUCAGCAAUUGACCUAGUUUCUCUCCAUAUCAGUGAUAAGAAAUUGGGAACAUGUGUCGGUAGUUUUACUUAAGUGAGGAAUUUCUCUUAUUCUUCAUUAUAGUUACAUGCUAAAUUGAAUCAGUUCCAGCAUUGUGAACACAUUUUGGACCUGAACUUUUAUUAAUUCAAAGUAGUUUAAAAAAGAAUUACAACAAAAUUUGAAACCAAAUGCACUAUUUAAGGAGGAGCUAUGUUAGAAUAGCUCAUAUUAAAUAUCUAUAAGUCUAUUAUCAGUGGGGUUAGUUAGGUUAAAGGUGCUCAUUUCAGAAGGCCCUUUAAUUACUGGGAACUUUUGAUCACAAGGUACACUACGUCUGCCUUUAAUCACUGAGAACUUUUGACGAUGAGGUACACUACAUCUGUCCACAUCUAUGUAUCAAACCAAAACAACACAUGCCAAAAAAGUGAAGUCUAAGGAGUUUUUCUUGACUAGAGAGCCUUAAUUGAAAAGAGGCCCAAAUGUACAUUUCAAGACUUGCACAUCAGUGAGAGGGCAUAAGGUUUUUCAGCUUUUUGAUAUGAGUACUGACAAAAAAACAAACAAACAAACUAACAAAAAUAAACCUGAAAAAGGGAAACCAUUCUUUAAAAAUAACUUAUUGUGGUCAUACUGGAGUUUUUAGAUAUUAGUCAUUUAGAACUAUGUGUUUUUUUUUUGUUUUGUUUUUUUGUUAUUUUUUUUUGGCUUUGAUCACUGACCUCAUACCAAAGAAUGUUGUCUGAGGCAUCUCUUUGUAAACAAUACAACAGAUAUAUAUUAUAACAAUGACACAAAUUACAAAUGAUUAAGAGAAGAUUACUGACCCAGCAAUCAACAAUAUAUGAAUAUUUAUUUAAUUUCAAUUAGUUUUAGGAAGAAGUAAACUUCUGUAUUUAAACAAUCAAUACGACUUUAACUCAAAGAAAUUUCAACUUUGUUCCCUCACCUUGCCAUUAAAAAAUGACAAGGUAAUGCAACUCAAGGUAAUUUGGACAUUGACAUUUGGUCAUAGAAUGAAAUGUGGACUAAAUGAGUGAGAAAUCUCUACAGAAACUUGACAAAUAUCAGCUUGGCUUUUUCUUCCCUUUUUUUUUUUCUUAAUGUGCUUAAGUUAACUUAAACAAAAGGUUUUUAUAACAACAGUACCUGAAAAAUAAUAAUAGUUAGUCAAUAUACAGUUAAAAUUUUAAAACCUGGCUUUUAACUAUAGAAAAUCGAAAAUUGGGAGCACUGGAAAACCUUACUGAAAUGUUGUUGUGUUAAGAAGAAGCCAAAGAAUUGUGAAAUAGCUCUGUUUUAAGCAACAAGAGUUGUUGGUUUCAUUGGUUGCUUGCUUUUACAUAAACUGAAUGGUUAUGGCACAACAAACAUUCUGAAAAAGAUUUCAGAUGUUGACAGAUUUCUGGGUUUCUCCAUGAAAAGUUUUGCAGAUACCAGUAAUACAGACUGUUGCUUCCUUAAGACUUAUUUAUCUUGACCACAACUGACUUGACUAUUUUAAGAUUACCCAUAUUUGUAGCAACAUCAUCAUUGAUAAUGAAUAGUUUGACACUGUAGAAUCCAACAGUGCCUUAACUAGACAAUUUUAUAACUCAAUUAUUAGGGUGAAUUUCCAUAGGGUAAAUCAAACAUUGUAACACUAUGUGAUGUUCUUGUGCGUGUUCUUGUGUGUGUUUCUUACUUUUUUGUGAGAGCUUCCUGUAUUGCAACUGGGUACUAAAAAGUUAUGAGCAGUACCCAAUUUAGUUUGUAAUACCAAAGAUCUAAUCAAGUUUUGAGGGAAACCAGUUUUUUUCUACUUAACAGUCAAAGCAUUCUUAAGAGCUAAGCAUGAUAGAGACAUGUUUUCUAACAGUAUUGUGAUAUUUUAAAUAACUUUUGCCCACACAGCAAGAACAGAGCACUAGGGUGUUUAAUAUGCUGAUUAAUUUAACAAAAGGUAUUUCAAUAUGUCAGUUUAGUCUCUUGCUUUUACCACCAUAAGAUAAGCAAUUGUGUUUUUGUUUCCGUUGUUUUGUAGACUGCACUCUUGGGAAGUUAUUGUGUUUUAGUCAUGUUGAGUUUAAAUACAGUGAGUACAAUUCAUUUCAUUCCUCAUUAGUGUUAAGUAACAUAAAGAAUGUUGUAGUUGGACUCAUAUUGAGAAAGACAAAAAAUAAAGUACAACUUGUUUUAAAGUUGGGAAAGUUAACUGAG